UCCAGCGUCGGAAAGAACGCUCAAAAUCUUCAUUUCUCUCUAGUUUUUUCCGGGUCUUUUUUUUUUUCCUCUCUUUGGAUUCCAAACUUUUUCAAAAAUGACCGAGCACGAAGAGAAGAAGCACGAGGAAUCGUUGAUGGAGAAGAUUGCAGAUAAGAUCCGCGGCCACGAUUCGUCGUCGGAUUCCGAUGACGACAAGCCAUCGGAAUCGUCGAUCAAGGCCAAGGUCUUCCGUCUUUUUGGACGAGAAAAGCCCGUUCACCACGUUCUCGGUGGAGGCAAACCGGCUGACAUUUUCCUGUGGAGGAACAAAAAGAUAUCAGCAGGAGCGCUUGGUGUUGCAACUGUGAUGUGGGUUUUGUUUGAAUUGCUCGAAUAUCACCUUCUCACUCUAGUGUGUCACUUGUUGAUUCUGGCUCUCGCUCUACUCUUCUUGUGGUCAAAUGCUAUGACCUUCAUCAACAAGUCUCCACCAAACUUCCCCGAGGUUCAUAUUCCUAAGGACCCGAUUAUGGAGUUUGCACAAGCACUUAGGUUUGAGAUUAACCGGGCUUUUGUUGUCCUACGGAACAUUGCAUCAGGAAGAGAUCUGAAGAAGUUCUUAUCUGUGAUUGCCGGCUUGUGGGUCUUGUCUAUUGUGGGAAAUUGGUGCAACUUCUUGACACUAUUCUACAUAGUCUUCGUUCUACUUCACACUGUACCUGUGCUGUAUGAGAAAUACGAGGACAAGGUGGACCCGCUUGCUGAGAAAGCAAUGCAUGAGAUCAAGAAGCAAUAUGCAGUGUUUGAUGAAAAAGUCUUAAGUAAGAUUCCAAGGGGACCGUUAAAGGAAAAGAAGAAGGAUUAGAAGGCCAAGAUGUUCUUUUGAUAGGUUUCUGACGUACAUUUAGUUGCCUUAGAUGAAACGUGUUCUUUACUAUAUAUGCUGUAUCAGCUAGAACCCUGUUUUAAUCCCUUAUUUUCGCAGUAAAUGGGAUCAUAAUGUUGGUGAAUAUUGCAUCUUUAUUUGAAAUCUUGUUCUUCCUAAGGAUCCAUAUGCUAUAUGACAAUAUUUUACCAUGUUGCAUGUU